CGAACGCGCAUCAAAUUAGCAUCGAUGAAGUUUGUGCGAACAUGGCGGAUUUCCUGCCGACCAGGUCCGUGUUAAAAGUUUGUCUACCCGUCUGCCUGCUCAACAGCGGCGAGGUGGAGCAGCUCCGAAAGUCCAAGGAGAUCGACAGAUGUCUCUCCCGGGAGAAAACGUACGUGAAGCGGCUGGUGAAGAUCCUGCUGCUCGGCGCUGGCGAGAGCGGCAAGUCGACUUUCCUCAAACAAAUGCGGAUCAUCCACGGCCAGGACUUCGACCAGCAAGCCCGAGAGGACUUCAGAGCCACGAUUUACAGCAACGUUAUCAAAGGUGUGCGUGUGCUGGUGGACGCCCGGGAGAAGCUGCACAUCCCGUGGGGUGACCCGGACAACCAGACGCACGGCGACAGCCUGAUGGCGUUCGACACCCGCUCGGCUCAGAUGGCCAACGGUCAGCUGGAGACGUCCGUUUUCUUGCGAUACCUGCCCGCCAUCAGAGCUCUGUGGGCGGACUCGGGUAUACAGAACGCGUACGAUCGUCGUAGGGAGUUUCAGCUGGGUGAGUCAGUGAAGUAUUUCUUGGAUAAUCUGGAUAAGCUCGGCGAUCUGGACUAUCUUCCCAGUCAACAGGACAUCCUGCUGGCUCGUAAACCCACGAAGGGCAUCCACGAGUACGACUUUGAGAUCAAGAGCGUCCCCUUCAAGAUGGUGGACGUGGGAGGGCAGCGGUCGGAGCGGAGGCGCUGGUUCGAAUGCUUCGACUCCGUCACCUCCAUCCUCUUCCUCGUCUCCUCCUCUGAAUACGACCAGGUGCUGAUGGAGGACAGGCAAACCAACCGGCUGCGUGAAUCGCUCAACAUCUUCGAGACCAUCGUCAACAACCGCGUCUUCGUCAACGUUUCCAUCAUCCUCUUCCUCAACAAGACGGACCUGCUGGAGGAGAAGGUGCAGAGCGUUCCGCUCAAGGACUACUUUCCCGAGUACACUGGGCAGGAGCACAACCUGUCGGACGUCCAGGCGUUCAUGGUGGAGUGCUUCCGGGCCAAGAGACGCGACGCCACCCAGAAGCCGCUGUACCACCACUUCACCACGGCCAUCAACACGGAGAACAUCAGGCUGGUGUUUCGGGACGUCAAGGACACCAUCCUGCACGACAACCUCAAACAGCUCAUGCUCCAAUGACCCCUGUCGACGUGUGAAAGUCAGAGGACCUGAACGGGGACAAACCACCCCCUCGCUCCUGACGAGGACUUGGGAGAGACCAGAAGAAUCCAAUAGACGUCUUCUUCAGCCGUUUUUAUAUUAGUUUUUACUCUCCUCUUUGAAGAGUUGGCCUUCUUGUUAGUUCAGGGUUUGGUAGGGGGACGAGUCAGCGGGGCGGACUGUCUGUGGUAAUAAAGAAAGACGAGCAGGCGGUUUCGGAUGUUGCAGAACAUCUGAUCUUCCCUGCUUCGUCUUGAGACUCUCUCGUCUGGCCUGAGCGCUGCCUCACAUCACAAGACUCGCUGCAGCUUUUCGACUCACAAGGUGCCGGUGCUGGCGCCAACGUCAGCACCUGGCUGUGGAACCCGGGCUCAUGGUCUCUUAACCAGAUACACAACUUUCCAAGCAACAAAUACAGCUGUUAAAACAACAAGCAGACAGUCAGAUUGCACCAAGACCAGCUGCGCUAACGUUGAUUUCGCACUGAAUUCAUCAAGUCCAAAAUCACUCCAUUAUUCCCACCGCUUUGUGAACGUGGUUUCCGUAGUUUAUAGAAAGGUUUGCCAACUUCCAGAUGAUCUGGAGACUGUACAACUGUUCUUUUAUUCUUCAUAUUGCAGCACCGGUCUUCCCUUUUCCCAUCCCUGCAGUCAUCACUUUUUUAUUUUUUUUAUGACUCGGACAUCAGCAGGUUGAGUGCCGGCACAGAGCCAUUUUUGCUGGGACAAUCACCACUUCACUGAUGGCGAAAGCGCUCCGAACGGUUCAGUGUUUGACUAGGAAAAAUGAUUCAGCACUGGCACCUUGUCUGAGGAAAAAUGCUUGAAAAGGGCACAGCGGCGAGACUGAACCUCCAAUGCCUCUCCAUAUAAUGUCUUAUGUAGACCUAAUCACUGUUUAAAUCCUGCAUUUGUGCCUCUGUAUAAUUAAAGCCAAUCUAAGCUGCCUUCAGCACGUAAUUAACAUGCAAGUUGUCCUUCGUUUUGGGGUGUUUAGAGCAGUGGUUCCCAACUGGCCCAACCACGGGAUCCAGAUUUCUCCUCAGCCAUUAGUUCAAGGUCCACACAUUAGAUAAAUUACCACAUAUUCAGUUUUAUUUCACAAAAUUUAAUAAGGCGACCCCUUGAAAGUCGGAGAUUUGAAUCAUCAGUUGACUGAGAUUGCUUCAAGUCGAGCAGUCGGGUUUUUGAUUUAUUUCAGUUUUAUUAUUUAAUUUAUUCUGUUUUUUUUUUUUACCAAUCAGCAUGUUAUUCAGCGCACUUCUGGGGGCGUUUUGGUCCCCAGAUUUUGCUGUGGAGUGAGUGCUCUUGACUUUCGCAGCACUCUUUGGGACAGGGAGCUGUGGACAUGCAGGUACCGGCACAGAGGAGGAGAGGAGAGACCUGCUUAGAAAUGAAUUUACAGCCCAGUAAUUUAAUACAACUCUGUCUCUGAUUUUUGUUUGAUUCCUUAUGUUGGCAAAAAAAUGUUGUUGCUCAAUUACAAUCCGUUUUUAGCACCGUUAGCUUGUUUACUAACUGACAAGAAUGGACCCGCUAGCCACCAGUUGGGAACCACUGAUUUAGAGGACCAAAUUACCUUAAUAGAGAGCCCCAGGGAUGACGUUUUUUCUGUAGGCCAACCCGGGAUAAAAUGCCGCCCUGUUUCCCUUGUCAAAAAGCCUAUGGGAUCGUUGCUUUGGAUUUUGAAAUAUUGCAGAAAAUAAGCUCUGUGGUUAACA